GAAAAAAAAUAGAAAUUCAAAUUUCUUACAGAUUGAGAGAAGUAUCUGGUUGUUGGUUACUCUCCAAUUCCUUCCUCCAUUCAAACCCUAUAUAUACACACAAAUCCCUACGCCGCCUCACCGAUUCGCCGCCCUCUUUUUCCCUUUAUAUAUUCGUGUACCCUAAUCUCCCUUUUUUUACCAACUCCUCCUCUUUGUUCCUUCAAUUAUUCCUUGCGUCCUUCAAUCGGUUGUGGGCUAUCUUCGUGGGUUUCAAGUUGCAGUUUCUCAAGUUUGCAGUUUCUUUUAUGUCCGAACAAGCCACCCUCUAUUUAGGAUCCGUUGGAUUGCUUGGAGAAUAUUGUCCUACGUCAAGAAAAAAGAGUCAUCAUAUUUCCGAUAGGGUUGACUGUAUGCAUCUUGACUUAUCUCAGGAAGGACACUUAGUGCUUAGUGGUUGCAGCCAGACACAACCUUCUGUCAACAAAAUUUGGGCCAAAGGAUCAUCUGGAACCCCCUGACACUUUUCACUGAACCAAAAAUGGCUUUGCAGAAUAUUGGAGCUGCCAACAGUGAUGAUGCCUUCUACAGGUACAAGAUGCCGAGGAUGAUUACCAAGAUAGAGGGACGUGGGAAUGGCAUCAAGACAAACGUGGUCAACAUGGUUGACAUUGCCAAAGCUCUAGCAAGGCCGGCAUCUUACACCACAAAGCAUUUUGGUUGUGAGCUUGGAGCUCAGUCAAAGUUCGACGAAAAAACUGGAACUGCCCUUGUCAAUGGGGCUCAUGAUACUGCCAAGCUUGCUGGUCUUCUUGAGAUUUUCAUCAAGAAAUAUGUUCAGUGCUAUGGGUGUGGUAACCCUGAAACUGAGAUCCUUAUCACUAAAAAUCAGAUGAUUCAACUGAAGUGUGCUGCAUGUGGUUUUAUUUCUGAUGUAGACAUGAGAGACAAGCUGACAACCUUUAUUCUUAAAAACCCACCCGAGUCUAAGAAGGGUGUCAAGGACAAGAAGGCAAUGAGGAGAGCUGAAAAGGAGCGUCUAAAGGAAGGUGAGGCUGCUGAUGAAGAGAUGAAGAAGCUGAAGAAAGAAACAAAGAAAAAGGUUUCUUCCAAGGAAGCCAGUAUGAAACCUACCUCUAAAAAGAAAGCUAGUGGCUCUGACGAGGAUCGUGCUUCCCCACCCAAAAGGCAUGUCAAUGUCAGGGAAGAGGAUGACGAAGACGACGAUGAUGUUCAGUGGCAGACUGAUACAUCAAUGGAAGCUGCACAGCAGCGCAUUCAGGAACAGUUGAAUGCUGUGACGGCUGAAAUGGUUAUGCUAUCCACAAAUGAGAAGGAGAAGAAGCCCAAAGAAGCUACUCAAGCUUGCCAAAGUUCCAAGGCUGCUUCUGCACCAUCUGUGCGUGAUCCCAAAGCUGAGAAUGGAGAGGGAAUCUUUGAGACACUUGUUGAGGAGGUGAAAGUAUAUCUAAAGAAGGGAGCUACGGCCAGCCAAUUUCGAUCUUUCCUGGGUUCACUCUCUGGGUCUCCUCAGAACAUAGUUACUGCUGUCUACGAGGCACUCUUGGAUGGUGUGGAGAAAGCAUUCGCCAAGGAGCUUAUUAAGAAGAAAGGUUAUCUUCUCGCUGCUGUUGGUCAAGAGGAUGGGUCACAGCUACGUUUGCUCAGAGGUCUGGAAGAAUUCUGUGGGAAAUCUAGCCCAGCAGCUGUGAAAGAAGUAGCACUCGUUUUGAAAGCUUUGUAUGAUGCUGAUGUAUUGGAGGAGGAAUUUAUAGUGCAGUGGUAUAAAGAGGGUGUUGCUGGGGUUAAAAAGGACUCUAAAAUUUGGAAGAAUGUCAAACCCUUUAUUGACUGGCUGCAGAGUGCUGAGUCCGAGUCCGAGGAGGACUGAAAUCUCAACUGUCGUUCCUUAUUUAAGACUGUUUUCUGCAUGCUCUGCUUUGCCAGAGUGACUAUUUACUAGUUUGGAAUUCAUGUUUUCUCCUUUGUUUAUGUUUUUUCUUGGAUCUGUACUUCUAUAUUUCUUGGUACUUCUAUCGUUGUGAUCCGUCUAUGUUCUUUCUGAUGGUUUAAGGUGAAAACUUUUACAGUA